AUGCGCAAUUUAGUUCGAAUUUUCCUGUCUUCCUUAUUGGUUCUGUUGGCAAUUGUCGUCAUUCCAAGUGCUUUUGAUCAGGAACAAGGAGGUGACCAGCUUUCCAUCUUCGCCUACUUCGAGGAUCUGGUGGGUUCCCCAAAGUCCUCUGCCAGGAAACUUUCGGCUCAGCCCACAGAUGAGCAUGCAGCGAAAAGAGUUUUACACCAGAGAGCCAUAGCCCGCAAGCAAAUCUCCACCGUCAAAGCUCCCAGUCUCGCCCACGUCCAUAGGAAUCUGGUCAAUGCUACCAACCACACAAGUGCGGUCCAUCCAACCACGAGGACAAAGGUGUCGGAGCACAAGGUCAGACUGACUUCGGGGCAGCUGAAGAGCCAUGGAUCGAACGACGCACGGGGCAGUGAGGCGUGGGAACGGCAGGCUGAUGAUGACUUCUUCGACAGCCUGGACAAGAACAGAGAUGCAAACGAGCGAGCCAAGCGAACGGAGAUCAAGCGGAGGAGUGAGUCUGAGGAAGAAGAGCACCAGGCAGCGGAAAGAGCUGAGGAAGAGAAGGUGAACAGACGGUAUCUUGAUGCGAAGAGGCGCUUCAUGAAGCAGCAACAAGCCGCCAAGAAGUACACCAAGGACGCGUUUGCACGGAUGGACGCUCAUCAGGCCCAUCUCAGGAGCGACUCUUUCGUGGGGUUCAAGUCGAUAGAAGCGAAGGAGCUGGCAAGAGAGGUGGAAAGAGAUCACCCGAAUGAAUCAGCAUCACAGAUAGCUGCUCGAGCCCUCAAGUUGCUCCAUGUCAUCAUGAAGAGUCGAAGCGAGAGCCCGUCGUUGCCUCACUUGGACUCCGUUGGCCCGAUCGGACCUGCUGAUGAUGUUCAUUGA